GGUGAAGAAAGGAAUGGUGUCGCCGCGUCGCCCUCGCUCUCCGUCGCCGCGCUAAAAUGACCCUUUUUUCCCCGAUUGCGAGAUAAAUCCGAGCUGCGGAGGAAGAGGAAAGGAAGAUGGAUGUCAGGAGGAAGUGAGAAGAGGGAAAUAGAGGAGAUAGAGAGAGAGAGAGAGGAAAUAAGAGAGACAAAAACAUUCGAGGAAGUUGGGAAGUGCAAGAGAGAGAGAAAAGAUCCUUCGGUUCUUUUGGUAAAAUAUUUUUUUUUUAAUCGCUCGGACUUCUUCUAUUUAUUUAUUAUUUUUUUAAAGGGGAAAGCUUUUUUUUAUUCUCUCUUUUAUUAUCGAGAAAAGAAGAGGAAAAAAGAGGAAACGAGGAGGAAACCCAAGGCACAAUGUCAGGCCAACGAGGGGGUCUGGGGGGCAGCAGUAGUGGAGGGGGAGGGAGCAACAGUGGCAGCAGCAGCAACAGCAGUGGAGGCAGCAGCAACCCACACGGGCUAAAACAGAUUGACCUGGAUCAGAUAUGGGGGGACCUCAGACAAGGGAUCGAGCAGGUCUACAAUAGCCAAGAGAUGUCUAGGCCUCGAUACAUGCAGUUAUACACACAUGUCUAUAACUACUGCACAUCGGUUCACCAACAGUCGACCAAAACAGGCAGCAGUGGAGGCGGUCCUCGCGUCAAAAAGAGCACUGCGGCUGGCGGAGGAGCACAGUUCGUGGGUCUCGAACUUUACAAACGCCUUAAAGACUUUUUAAAGACAUAUCUCCUCACACUCAUGAAAGAUGGAGUGGAUCUGAUGGACGAGGAGGUACUUCGGUUUUACACAAAGCAGUGGGAGGAAUAUCAGUUCUCCAGUAAGGUGCUGAAUGGUGUGUGUGCUUAUCUAAAUCGUCAUUGGGUGAAGCGAGAAUGUGAUGAGGGACACAAGGGUAUCUAUGAAAUCUAUCAGCUUGCCCUGGUCACGUGGCGAGAUCACUUAUUCCAGCCACUUAAUAAACAGGUUACAAAUGCCGUCUUAAAACUUAUUGAACGAGAAAGAAAUGGAGAAACAAUAAAUACGAGACUGGUGUCGGGUGUCAUGAACUGCUAUGUUGAACUAGGUCUCAAUGAAGAUGAACCAAGUGCAAGAGGCCAGAAUCUGUCUGUGUACCGAGAGUCCUUUGAAAAUACCUUCCUGGAGGACACAGAACGGUUCUACACAAGGGAAAGCACAGAGUUCUUACGAAACAACCCAGUCACUGAAUAUAUGAAAAAGGCUGAGACGAGACUGCUUGAGGAGCAGCGGAGAGUCCAGGUGUACCUCCAUGAGACAACCCUAGAGAAGUUAGGGAAGACGUGUGAGAAGGUGCUCAUCGAGAAGCACCUCGAGAUUUUCCACAAUGAGUUCCAGCACUUGCUGAAUGAUGACAAGAAUGAGGACCUUGCUAGGAUGUAUCAGCUUGUGUCAAGAAUACCUGAUGGUUUGCGGGAGUUGCGAACACUUCUGGAGCAACAUAUUACAAACCAGGGUCUGGCUGCCAUUGACCGUUGUGGAGAGACGGCAGUCAACGACCCCAAAGUUUACGUCCAGACAAUCCUAGAGGUCCACCGCAAGUACAAUUCUCUGGUGCUGACGGCGUUCAACAACGACACAGGCUUUGUGGCUGCCUUGGACAAAGCUUGUGGUCGCUUCAUCAACAACAACAAUGUCACCAAGCACCCGAAUUCCUCUUCAAAGUCUCCAGAGCUUCUGGCCAAGUACUGUGAUUUGCUACUUAAGAAGUCCUCCAAGAACCCUGAGGAGGCAGAGUUAGAAGAUACGCUUAAUCAGGUGAUGAUCGUCUUUAAGUACAUAGAAGAUAAGGAUGUAUUCCAGAAGUUCUAUAGUAAGAUGUUAGCCAAGAGAUUGGUCCAGCACAUGUCUGCCAGUGAUGACGCCGAAGCCUCCAUGAUAUCCAAGCUGAAGCAGGCGUGUGGUUUCGAAUAUACCUCUAAGCUACAACGCAUGUUCCAGGAUAUUGGGGUCUCGAAGGAUCUCAAUGAUCAGUUUAGGAAACAUCUCAUCAGCAGUAAUGAACCUCUGGACCUCGACUUCUCCAUCCAGGUGCUCUCGUCAGGGUCAUGGCCCUUCCAGCAGUCACAGAGCUUUACGUUACCCCAUGAGCUGGAGCGCAGUGUAUCAAGAUUCACCACGUUCUACUCCAGUCAACACAGCGGUCGAAAGUUGAAUUGGUUAUUCCACCUUUCAAAGGGAGAAAUAGUCACAAAUUGCUUCAAGAAUAGGUAUACCCUACAAGCCUCAACUUUUCAAAUGGCUGUCCUACUACAGUUUAACAACGCUGUAUCAUGGACAGUUGGACAUCUACAGGAGAUGACAGGCAUAUCCUUAGAGAUCCUUCAGCAGGUUGUCCAGAUCCUUCUCAAGUGCAAGCUCCUCAUCUCUGAGGAUGAGGAGGACAUCUCCCCUGACUCCAGAGUCAACCUGUUCCUGGGAUAUAAGAAUAAGAAACUCAGAGUAAACAUCAAUGUACCAAUGAAGACAGAAAUGAAGAUUGAACAAGAACUGACCCAUAAACACAUAGAGGAGGACCGCAAGCUCCUCAUCCAGGCUGCCAUUGUGCGCAUCAUGAAGAUGAGGAAAGUAUGUAAACAUCAACAGCUUCUCAUGGAAGUCCUGAAUCAGCUGACUCCCAGGUUCAAGCCUCGGGUCCCAACUAUAAAGCGCUGUAUUGACAUCCUGAUUGAGAAGGAGUACUUAGAGAGAAUAGAUGGCCAGAAGGACACCUACAGUUACCUCGCGUAAAACUGGAGGCUGCAGCAUUGCAAGAGGAAUCGUUAUUUUGCCGAUCACACUGUAAAUAUCAGCUGUGCUAGGCCCAACCUGCCGUAGCUCUCGAAGAGAAAAUGAUAACCAUAAUCUGAGCCUCGCGAUACACUCAUGCUAAGGCUUGCAUUUUGCUGACUGGAUCACUCGUAUUGCAUGUCAUCCUUGCUCAUUUAGCCCUUCUAUGAGUGUGGGCUUGGCACCUCACAGUCCAGCCCUCCUGCUUCAACAUGCCCCUUUCUGUUUAGAUUGUAUUUUUAUCACACAGGUAUUAGAGCCAUCCAUCUCAAUUUAGACUGUUGUACAUUUCCAUUGUCACAAUGAUAGCUGUAAUAAUAAUGGAAUGACUGAUGGUAUUUAGGAGUACUAAGAGAUUAUAGUACUUAUCACCAUCAUCAUCAUUGCUAAUUAUAAAUGUUGUUGUGAUGAUUGCCUACUUUCUGGUUAUUUGGAUGAUUAUUGUUAUUAUCAUAAUCAUUACUGUUAUUAUUAUUAUUAUUAUUUUACUUGAAUUUAGGAUAAGUUCAUAGUCGCCAUAUCAUGAUAUACAUUCUAGAAAGUGAUUCACAUGUGAUCAGACCAGCAAAUGUCAAGCAUUAGGAAAUACUUAACAAUAUAUCUGUCUUUGUGUUGUGAACUGGAAAGUGAGUUAACAAGAAUGCGAUUCUCGUCUAUACUAAGUCCAAGAUAAGGAUACUCACUGCGACCCAAGGACGCACCCGGGUGUUUGCUUAUUCUUCAAAAGAAAAAAAAAAAAGAAAAUACAUAAAAAAAUGUUCCAGUGUCAAGCUUUGAGAUUUGUACAUUGUAGCCAAGUGGCUUCUCCUUGCUGCUUAAUGUCUGAGCAUUUUUUUUUAAAUAUUUUUUUUCAUUUUACCAAUUUUUUUAUUAUUAUUUUUUUUUAACUCAUUUCUCCAUUUCCUUCUGCCCUUCCCCCCCUCUUUAAGUCUUUCAUGUCUUCAUUAGGGGAGAAAAAAGUUAGAGAUCCAACUCUGUAGGAUUUUAGGGCAUUGGACCAAGAUUGAUCUGUCGUCUGUCAGUCACAGCAGAUCGAUGCAGGUAAUCCACACAUUUUCCUGUCAUCGAUGUCCUUUUUUUAAAGUAAUAUACCAUAAUUUUUUCUUUUUUUUUUUCUUCUUCUUGUCUGUGCAGAGGGAUCUCUAAAAAGGUGUGCAUUGACUGGGUGUUGCUCUCCCUGUACCAGCUGUCCCCCGGCAAUGCAGUGUGAUAUUUUAGCUAUCCUGCGCCACAGAUCACGACCUCACCUCUGCCACUUAUUAUGCUCUUUCUGUGAUCUGCUGAAGGAGGUGGCCUGGCGUCUAGCAUUUAUAGAGUGCUCUGUACUCUCCAGGGCAUGUUAGGUAGAAGCAUAUUGAAAACAAAGCAAGGAAAAUGAUGUCUAUAUAUAUUGUUUGAGUUACCCAUCUUAGUAAAAAAGAAAAAAGAAAAAAAAAUGUAUAGCCUGAUUGUCUACAGACAGUUUUACUUCUCAACCCUAAUUGUUGAAUUGUCCCGGAAUUUAACAAAUAAAAUGUAAUUAAAUUAA